AUGUCGACCGACGACACGCUGCCAUGGACGACUUCCAGGUGCAAUCGCCUGCUGCGACCGCUUUCAUCCAAACUCGCGAAGCUGCGCAAAGAGCUUGAGCGACCACGUACCGUAAGCACCGAAGCACGCAAUGCAUCCUCUGCCUUUGCGACCAAAGGCUCCCCACAAAAGACGACCAACUUCACCCGACCCGCGAACAAGCCACGGGGCUUCGAGAAAGCGAGAGAUCCGGACUGGCGACCAGGCGCGAAACCAGGGGCAGGCAAGAAGACAACAUACGGAGGCCGAGGUCGGGGGAAGGCACAGGUUCUGCAGAAGAGCGGCUCCAACACUGGCAAUGUGACUACUUCGCGGCCAGGCGAGAUCGCCUUUACGCCUCUGAUCUCGAGGAUGGGUGGGCACCUGUAUAGCAGCCCACAGAUGCCAAUCUCGCCACUACGAAAGUACUCAAAGGUCAAAGGCCCUCUUCUGGCUCCUCUGAAUCCACCUGCCAUACAUGUGCCUAGUGAGAUCCGCAAACUCACACAAGGACUAUCCGAAGCGUAUGCGAACAUCCUACAAUCAACUACAACGAGUGGCCAAGCCAAGUGGAAGGGCACAAGGUCGCUCAUGGGCGCUUGCUUGAGAAAGUUGCCAGCGUACAUUGAGUUGGAGGAGCACUUUGCGAAGCUAGACCUGCUCGAGGAAGACGGGGAAGAGAAGGGCUGGGAUAUCGCGAACGAGAUAUACGAACAUUUGGAGACACGGUUCGAACACGAGCAUGGUCAGGGCUGGCGUCCUUUCAAAUGUGUUGUCCGAGCGCAUGCCACGACGUUGAUAUGCGACGCUAUCACAGAUGAGGUUCUUGCUCUGGACAACGCGCUGAUCCUUGUCACGCAUUGCUUGAACGCUUCUGCAUGGGAUGAAGCAGAGAGAUUGUUACUAGCAUAUGCUCCCCUCACAGAGCCCUUAUCAAUACCUAUCAAUACGCGGGCGGAUCUGUUCGAUCAUCAAAGAUCACUCUAUCUCUAUUCAGUUAAUAACUUUGUUCGCCAUACGGGGCGUUAUCGCUUGCUCUACGAUCUUCUAGAACACAUGGUUGCGCUCGAACUUCUGCCUCUCGAGUGGCUUGCGACUGACUCUAUGCGCCCGGUGUGGGAUCGACUUGUUCGAACGAUAACCGAAAAUGACCAUCGGACGCUCCGAAGCGCUUACCAAUUCUUUGAGACGGUCACAAUCGCAAGCAUGGGGCUACCAGAUGCGCGACUAUUGGAAGACGAAGUAUCUGGCUCCAUAUCACGGCGAUUCGUACUAUCUUCUCGAAAGCAGCUUCGACAUGCGCUUGAUACUACCUUUUCGAGUCUGCUCACAGUGCUGUGUAGUAUUGCAUUGGUCAACAGCAACCGCGAUGAUACUGCAGGGCAAGAUAUCGUACGGCGAAUAACAUGGGUACUAGAUGCAGUUGUCAUAACUAUAUCUACCCGUGAAGACAUUCAGGAUGAGCUUAGGCUCCUUGGAGCGGACACAGAUGAUGUUCAAGUUAUGGCUCAGCGAGCUAUCUGGAUAAAUUUUGCAUCAUUUUUGGUACACCUUGAAGGUCGCGAAUACUCAGGGAUAUUAUGGCUCAGUUCCUCCACGUCCAUCAAACUGGUUGAUUGGGUAACCGCCCAGUAUUCAUCGAACAAUAUCAACCUUGCAUCGAUAUUCGCAACUCUGCCAUCUUUAAUCUCAUCCACCGCACGCGGAACGGGGCGUAUAUGGAAGGAUGAUGGCUUUGACCAACUACAGCGAUUUACCACAGCACUGGUGGCGAGCUCUGGUUGGAGACUACCCCACAGACUAUGGACGCUAAAGCGAUUGGCCUUGGAAUCAGCGAGAGAGUUUGCUCAUGGCACUGGUGAUGCUGAGCAUAUGACCUACGUACGUAAUAUCGAGGAGACAAUGCAGACCGAAGGUCGCCUAGUGAUUAUGCAAUCACCACAAAAGAACGAAUCGCCUGAUACCAGUAGUGGCUUUAGAUGGGAGGAGGGCAUCGGUGAAUGGGUCACUUGCACGCCGUUUAUCAGGCAGAACAUCAAUUGCUCGGCAAGAAAGCCAGUUCGAGCGCUGGAACUCCUACCAACCCCUGUGCAGUCAGAAGACGAUAAGACAGAAGCAUCUGAUAUUGACGAUGGUCUUCCAGUUAGUAUACCAGGCACGCCGAUGUGGGAAGCCGCAGUCUUGGACUACGACGACAACCAAGUCCCACAGUCAUCGCCUAUCAAGAAGCGAUCGCGGACCUCCACGUCUUCGCUCGGGAAACGAACUCGCGCGCCAUCACCAAAGGUCGUCAUACCUACGAAACGGACACAUAUAACGCCUCCGGAUACUCCACCGUUCACGUACUACUCUGAGCUCCCUGAAGAGAAGCAAGACGAUUCGAGGCGAUUCAGGCGCCCACGACAGGAGUCGAGAGCAUCUACCUUUCGAUCACACACACUACGCUCCAGGGCCUCACUCGAGAAUGGACUGCGCGACCUUAAGAGACCCGUCUAUGUGGAGCCAACGCUUGAGGUGAACGAUAGCGACGCUGAAAUUUCCAGCACCUCGCAAGACGAUUCGGACGACUCAUCUGUGUCGGUGGAGGAUGUACGCCCUAAGGUUGUUCAAACCAGAGCCCUCCCAUCGAAGCGAACCCGCACACAUCGCUCCCACUCGAUCACCCCUAUAGAUCACGACGACGAUGACAGUGACGAAGACGACGAGCUCGGUAAGACGCCAGCUCGUCCUCACCCUCGACCGCGCAAACGAACAAGCGUACGUCAGGCUAUGCAACCACACAAGCAGUGGUGGAAGACAAGCCAGGGCAUAGUAGCAGAUAGUGAUGGCGGCAGUGAAGACGAGUUGAGCUUCUGUUAG